AUGAACGGGAGGGACACCGUGGACUGCGGCAGACGCACCGUCGUAGCCACGCUCACGAGGGCGCUGCUCAGGUCCUGGGAAGGUUCGACUACCGUGGGCAGGGAGUUGUUCGACCAAAGCGUCCUCAAAACCCCAGACCGCUCAGGUCCGGUGGGCCUCGGGUUGGAAGUCCUGCUGCAGUGCCUUGUGCAAGAUGACGGGGACUUCGGCCAGCUGGAAAUGGCCGUCGAAGCAGAGGAGGACACCGCCCCCUCGCAAGCAAGCUCAUCCUCCGAGGGCAGCCGCGAUUCAGAUUCGGAUGCCGCGCCUCCGCCUCCCUCCAGCCGCAACCGCCGCCGCCGGACUGCUGAUGCCACCGCCUCCUUCGCUGCCCUAUCUCCGGAGGAUGAGACGCGCGCUUGUGUGACCAUCAUCGGCAACUACGUCCGGGCCGACCCGGACACCUCCGGCGCGUUCUUCAGGGAUGUCAUCCCGAAGGUGUUGCUGAUGGGGAUGGGGGGUGGUCGGCGGGGACAGAGCGGCGGCUCGCGGAGAGUUCCCCGGAGGCUUGCGGCGCUCCUGAGGAGCUUGGUGCGCACAACCAGGUGUCGCAACUCCUUCAACAUGGAAAGGAUGAUCGUUCACACGGUGAAGGAAGUCAAGGCCUGGGGUGAUCCCUCCGUCGUGCUGCUGUCUUCCUCAGCCUCUAUCGACGAUCCAGACGACGACGACGACGACGAGGACGACAACGAAGUAUCUUCUCUAGGCGAUGAUGUCGUGAUGGGAGGCACAGCGACAGUGGACAGGGCGAGAGCGAGGAGUAAGGGCAAGGGAAAGAAGGACGGACGCGGGAGCAACGCUGGGAACGACAAGCUGCGUCGCCGAGGGCUUGUGUUGGCCUGCAUCGACAUCCUCGGUCACACUUCAUCGUGCUUGUCGCUCAUCAGGCAGGAGAUGGUGGAAGGGGAGGCCAAGGCUAGCCUCCGAUCGGCCGUCGCUGAUGGCCUCCUCGAGUACCGCAGAACUUGCAGCUCGUCAGACACCCACGGUGUGCAGACGGUGCUACUCGGGGUGCUGUCGGCUCUCGCCCUGGACGGUGUCGUCGCCGUCAGACUCUCCGCCCUCGCCGCCAUAGGAGAGGCCUUGGGUCCUAUUAAACGUUUCGCCUCCGUUUUCCAGGGCUGCUCGUCGGACUGCGUGCCAGCGGUGUCCUUGCUCCUGGAGAGGUGCCUCGACGCAGCCCCAAAGGUUCGGGCGCUUGCUCUGCGGCUCCUAGUGGACGAGUUCAGGGUGGGCAUCGGAGCCGUAGGUGCCUCGCUAGCGAGGGCCGUCCUGUCCCCGUCGCCUGCAGCAGACGGAAGCGGUAGCACCGUCGGCACGUCAAGGGGGGCGCCCGAUUCUAGAGAAUGGCCCCGGGGGAAUCGCAGUCCCGAUGUCUGGGAAGGAGGGCUGCAAGAAGGGGAGAACGGCGUUGCGCUUCUUGGAGAGCUGAUGCGGCACCACCAGACGCUGGAAGAAACGGAUAGCGAGAGGUUCCCGUUGCUGCUGAGGGGUCUAGUAGAGGCCGUUCUCCGCGGCGAAAGCCUCCCCCCUCGUCCCUCUGACGCCACCGGUGGCAACGACGACGGCAACAACACCACCAAAGGUGAAGGGCGCGAUGUCGCUGACGCCAACAACGCUCUCGGCGACGGCACGGGUGGCAACAGCGGCGGCGGCGUCAACCUUUACGGCGACGGCGCGGCCGGUGGCGCGGCCACUACCACCGGUGCGAAAGACUCUCUCCUUGACCCGUGGUCCGAAGGCGGCGGCAUCGCAUGGGCCGACCUUGCGGCCCCCGCCGCCCGCCUCUGUGCAGCGUGCCGCCCCUUGGGUCCCGCUCAGCUCGAUGUGCUCGAUCGGGUCCUCGGAGACAUUUUUCAACGUCGUGGUGGAUAG